AUGCCCAUCCCAAUUAUUGCCCAGGGCAUCCAAGAGGGCAUUGGAUCAAUUCCAUAUGCCUGGCAUGUUCUCCGGGUAGCGCCUUGGGUUCUCGUGCUUGCAGCACUGAAGUACUACUUCGGCGGAGCCCGCAAUACCUCCGAGCGAUUGAUGCACUCGAAAGUAGUCAUGAUCACAGUAUGGCGGCACGUCCGGAAUCGGUGCAACAGUCGCCCAAAACCUGGCCGCCCGCGGCGCCCAAGUGAUCCUGCUCACGCAACAACCCCCUCCGACAUCUUCCUCGUCGAGUACAUUGACGACCUCCGCCGCACAACAGGCAACAACUUGAUAUACGCGGAACAAGUUGACCUUGCCUCGCUACACUCAAUCCGGACCUUCGCCACGAAAUGGAUCGACAACGCCCCACCGCGCCGCCUGGACGCUGUGAUCCUGUGCGGCGGCACAGCGGUGCCCGCGCACGCCCGUAAGAACACCCCUGACGGUAUCGACGAGGAAUGGCAGAUCAACUACCUGGCGAACUUCCACCUGCUCAGCAUCCUCAGCCCCGCGUUGCGCGUGCAGCCUGCCCACCGCGACGUCCGCGUCAUCUUCGCCACCUGCUCCAGCUACAUCGGCGCCAAGGUCGAUCUGGACACGGUGACCCGGGGCGGUAGCGCCAAGGGUGCGAAGAAAGCGAAGCCCGAUAGCAAAAAUAUCUACGCGCUGAGCAAGUUUGCCCUGAUGACUUUUGCCCACUCGUUCCAGCGACACCUGAACGCAUACGCUCGGCCUGACGGUCUGCCGCCGUGCACGCGGGUGCUGGUCGUUGACCCUGGGCUGUCGCGGACCCCAGGCAUGCGGCGCUGGCUGACUGGCGGGUCGCUGUGGGGCCUGCUGGUCUAUCUGCUCACCUGGCCGCUGUGGUGGCUGGUGCUGAAGUCGCCGAGCCAGGGAGCGCAGAGCGUGCUGCACGCGGCGAUGGAGGAGACGUACUCGCGUGGCGAGGGUGGGUGGCUGAUCAAAGAGUGCCGGGAAGUUGACUGCGCGCGGCGGGACGUGAAGGACGAGGAUUUGGGAAAGAGGCUGUGGGAGUUUAGUGAGAAGCAGAUCGAGGAGGCGGAGAAAGAGGGCGCGGUGAAGAGGGCGCUGGAGAAGAAAGAGAAGGAGGCUGAGAAGGGAAAGAAGAGUAGGAAGGAGACGUCUUCGGCGAAGGCGCCGGCAGCAGGGUCGCGGCGGAGUCGGAAGAAUAAGUCCUAG